AAGACUGAUAGGCGUCGCGUCAAUUCAAAUCAAGGCCAGACGGCUGCAGUUUCUAUUUCUGGUUCGAAUUGUUGCCUUCCCUGAUCCCCUCCGACCGCCCGUUGCUGGGGACGUUGGAUUAGUUUCCAAGAAAAGACGUGCCUGCCUGCGAGAGUUACCCGAACCGGCCACCACAAACCCACCUUUCCCUGCGCAUUCCAUCGGCCGAUCUCUUUGGUCCACGAUCGAAACGAUAAUCGUUGUGCUGGGCGACUGAGCUUGCCACUGUGACAUAGUUACGCACUGCGGGGCUACGACAUCCCAACCGCGAUCGGUUUAUUACCUUACGCACUGGCAAUGAAAUUGCUGUCUGCUUUUGAGGCGUCUACACCGAGUGGUAUACUUUGUCGGCCGUCGAAAUAAAGCGAUUUGAAGUGUGUCGGUUCUGCUCGAGAGAGAUUUCUAUGAGUGUGUACGAUGCGGUCGGGCCUACAGAAACCUGUCGCAGUCCCGUUCCUUGCUCUUCUUGUCUUCUCGCUGUUCAGUUUGGUGCCGUCGUUAGCGAAAGAAUGGGAUCUGUAUAGUUUUCGUUUUGGAUAUUUGGGCUAUCGCCGUCCUGACGCCCACCGUCCGACAGAUGUUCCCCGCGUCAGCGAUGCCUUGGUCGAUGUGCAACCGUUGUUGCGGACGGAUAAUGGACAGAGCAAGUCUUAUUUAGAGCGCGCGGAUCAGCCGCUGUUGGACCGCAAGUCGCGACCUCGACGGACGACGUUGGACUCGUUGGCUGAGAAUCUGAUUGAAACCGCACCCGUUCUCGAUGGUCCGAUAACGCGUCCCGUUGAGCAACCGUCGAGUCUCGUGCGGGGCGUCCGCGCGUUCAGAUCUCUUGUUUAUAAACAAGUCGAUGAACAAAUUCCUAUUCCUCAACCGUCCUUGCUCGACAGCUCCGGCAAGACAGACCCCGCGCCCUAUACACCGACUGUCGAUUUACCUGUUACUCCAGCGACGCCUGCCGUGGUGGGAUCUUUUGAAAAAGGCUACACGCGCGGGCUUACGCAUGAAAUCAACCUCACCGAAUCGAGAUUCUCCUUCCCCUUCAACGCAACAUGGCAGCGGGCCUGCUAUCUUGUCCACCACCUUCAAACCUUUUUCGCAUCACCCGAACUCCUUAAUAAAAAGCCUCCUACCUCUUAUCCAACGACGUCACACCCAAAGGAGCAUGUUCCUGCUCAAUUUCCUUCCCACGAUUAUGUCUUGUCAGAAGGGAAUUGCUCGCAAGCAUCUCCGGCAAAAGUCCACAAUAUCGUUCUGCCAGAAACGAUACCCCAUGUCAAUCUCACAGCCAAACCUGCGCACAUCCCAGAGCGAGCCGCAGCAGAGGCCCAGGCUGCAACGCUUGAUCGAGAUCCAGAAAGAUUGCGCGGCAGUUGCAUGGCGAUUGUGAUUAGCAUUGUCGUGGGUGUUGUGUGGUUUUGACAGCACUCACUACAGAACCUCCCUUCACUUUCCUCCUUCAUGAUUGAUGCUUAUUUAUGCCCUGCACCACUGGUGCUUAUUGCUGUGUACAUUCUUCUAUAUCCCUCCCACUCCUUUCCCUGUCGUCAUAUGUCAGAGCGACCGAUGACCCGGGGAGAUCUUCUUGUCGUCCGUUUUCUUACACGCAAAUAUUGGGCUCCACUUUAAUGUUUUACGAACCUCGUUACUGGACAUACAUAAUCCGAGAGGGCUCCGUGUGGAGUCUGGGGGAUUGUUCCAGGUACAAUGUAUCGGAUCCUUGGGAUCUAACCUGAGUGGCUGUGUAUAGUGUCAUUGG